AUUUCUAAUGUGUAUUUAAAUUUAUUAAUAUUAUAUUUUUCAUGAACCUUUAAUGUUCUAUAUAAGUUUCAUUUUUGCCUGCCACUACUGUGUAAGUCCUAAUCUGAGGACUCUUAUUUUGUGAACCGUGAGCCAGGUAAUAGGAAAUCGGAAGCAAUGAACACAUGGCGCAGCAAGUGCAUGGCAUGUCACGUAUUAAUUGAUCCUUCUUCUGAAUCCUAUCAAAAGCAUUGUCUUUUUACUCGGUUCAAUGGCCGCUAAGUUUGUUUGUGUAAACCGCACAUGGGACUAAUAAAGGAGCAAGGUGCUUGUUUCCUGGCUCUUGAACAGAGUUUGGCUUGCUGUUGAUUUAUAUUCCACGCUAGGAAAGCAAAACAUAUAAGGAGAACAGUACAGUAAAAAGACAAUGGAUCAGCAGGUGCAAGAGGAACGCACGGGAUCAAACAUGGAAGCUGAAAGGGAAAGAGGAAAAGAAAAGGCAUUUUCAGAGGUUAGUUCAAAAUGCUCGCUAUCUUCCUCCAAGUCUUCAGUUGCUAGUGCUGCUGCAAAAGCUAGAGCCUCAGCGGAAGCUGCACGUGCCAAGAUGGCGUUCUCAAAAAGGCAGCUUGAAAUGAAAACGGAAAAAGCAAGGCUAGAUCAGGAAAGAGCUACUGUAGAAGCAAGACUGGAAGCAUUAGAACUAGAAAAGGAAGCUGCAGCUGCUCUGGCAGAAGCAGAAGUUUUAGAGACAGCAGUGGCAGCAAUGGAAUGUAAUGACAAUCGCAGUGAAAAAAGCACAAUAUCAUCACAUGUGGUUUCAUUGAGAACAAAGGACUAUGUAAAACAUCAGACUCAGAUGAGCUCCGAACCUUCUACACUACCCCUGAAUGUCUCUUCAUUAGCCUGUGCACAAGAAUUGACCCCACGCUUGAUCGAUAAACCUCAGAGCAAGGGUGCUGCGUAUGAUGGCGUCACAGAUACAGUUCAGGAGCGGAGCAGGUUGAGCGAUACAGAAUGUCUACAGAGCACAAGAUUUCUAGAAGCUCCAUACAAUCUGCCUCAUUUCAUCCCAACUUCUGCAUUUAAGUCAUCCCCUCAAGAUCCUGCAACAAAUAUGCAUGCAGUUCGUUCAGAUACACAGCAUCAAUCUCAAAGCCAAGCCACACAUAUGUUAGACUUUGCUAAAUUCAUAGCACGUAGAGAGCUAGUCACCACUGGGCUCACCAAGUUUGAUGAUAAUCCAGAAAACUUCAGAGCCUGGGAGUCUUCAUUUGUUGAUGCCACACAAGACCUGCAGCUCUCAGCUAGUGAAGAGUUAGAUCUGUUGGUUAAGUGGCUGGGGAAGGAAUCGUCGGAUCAUGUGAGGAGGAUUCGAGCAGUGUAUGUUACAAACUCACAAGCUGCUCUACGGCUGUCUUGGAUGAGACUGCAUGAAUGCUAUGCCACCCCGGAAGUGAUUGAAAGUGCCUUAUUUAGGCGCCUGGACAAUUUUCCACGUCUACAUCCGAGGGACAAUUUGAAACUCAGGGAGCUUGCAGACCUGCUAAUGGAAGUACUUGCAGCAAAAGAAGAUGCAUAUUUACCUGGAUUGUCUUACCUUGAUACCCCUCGUGGUAUUAAUCCUAUAGUGGAGAAGUUACCAGCGAAUUUACAGGAAAAAUGGCUGUUUGCUGGCUCACGCUUCAAGGAAGAAAGAAAGGUCAGUUUCCCUCCAUUCUCGUUCUUCGCUCAUUUUAUUUGCAGUGAAGCUAAAGCAAGGAAUGAUCCUAGUUUUAAGCUUUCAAACAGUAGCGACGCAGGUGUGCGAAACGAAAGACCCUUCUAUAAACAUGGCGCAAGCAGAACCCCUGUGUCAGUGCAUAAGACAGAUGUUUCUAAAAAUGAUGUGUCUGAUCCAGUUAGCUUGAACGAAACUGUUAAGAGAGACUGGACGAAGCACUGCCCGUUUCACAACAAAUCACAUCCUCUGUGGAAAUGUAGAGCCUUCAGAAAAAGGUCGUUGUUGGAGCGCAAGAACCUCCUGAAAGAACAUAAGAGGUGUUUCAGGUGUUGCUCUCCCAAUCAUGCUGCCAGAGAAUGUUUCGCAGUCCUCAAAUGUGCUGAGUGUGAUUCAGAUAGACAUUGUACAGUCAUGCAUCCAGACAUGGCCGCACCUCCCUUCCCACCUUCAAUGCAAGAACCAGACACAGAACAACAGUAUGUCACUACACCUGAGAUAACCUCAAGAUGUACAGAAGUUUGUGGAGAAAGUGCUCCAAUGCGAUCCUGUGCAAAAAUGUGCUUGGUGCGUGUAUUUCCUCGAGAGCAACCGGAACGAGCCAUCAAGAUGUAUGCCAUCAUUGACGAUCAGAGCAACCGCUCACUGGCCAAAGCAGAAUUCUUUCGACUCUUUGGGAUCCAAGGUGACCCCUCUCCGUAUUUGUUGAGAACAUGUGCUGGUUCCAUGGAAAUGUUUGGAAGAAAAGCGAUUGGCUUCCAAGUAGAGACCUUGAAUGGUAAGACAUGUCUUGAUCUGCCAACACUGAUUGAGUGUAAUGAGAUAAUGAGUAACAGAUCUGAAAUACCCACUCCAGAAGUCGCUCUUGCUCAUCCACAUUUGAAAUCUGUGGCACAGUUUAUCCCAAAGCUAGAUCCCGAUGCUCAGAUCUUAGUAUUGCUGGGAAGAGACAUAAUCCGGGUACACAAGGUGAGACAACAAAUCAACGGGCCUCACAAUGCACCUUUUGCACAAAGGUUAGACUUAGGCUGGGUGAUAGUAGGUGAUGUCUGCAUUGACAGAGCUCAUAAGCUGAGGGUGAGUGUCUUUAAAACUAACAUCCUGGACAAUAGCCGCCCAUCACUUCUCACUCCAUGCCAGAGCCACAUCAAUGUAAAGGAGAAAUUGUGCCAUGGCGGGGAGCAUAAGUCUGUUGUUUUUCCUUAUAAUUUGAGGAACGCUACUCAUGAUGUGCAAGCAGAAGACAAACUUGGGUUGAAGGUGUUUGACAGAACUAAAAAUGAUAACAAACUUGCCAUGUCCUUUGAGGAUGAGACAUUUUUAAAGAUCAUGCAAGCAGAGUUCUACCAAAAUGAACAGAAAAGCUGGGUUGCUCCUUUGCCAUUCAGGUCACCCAGACCAUUACUCCCAAAUAAUCGGGAACAAGCUUUGUCUCGCCUAAAUUCUUUGCGGCGCACGCUAAGUAAAAACCUUGAGAUGAAAGAACAGUUUUCUGCCUUCAUGGAGGAACUUUUCCAGAACCACCAUGCAGAAAGAGCACCACCUAUAGACGAGGAUGAAGAAUGCUGGUAUUUACCCAUCUUCGGCGUGUAUCAUCCUCAAAAACCAGGAAAAAUACGGGUGGUAUUUGAUUCCAGCGCACAGCACCAAGGUAUUUCUUUGAACAAUGUGCUCCUCUCAGGCCCUGACUUAAACAACCUGCUGUUAGGUGUGCUAAUACGGUUCAGGAAAGAUCGCAUUGCAAUUAUGGCGGAUAUCCAACAAAUGUUCUAUGGAUUCCUGGUGAAAGAGGAACAUAGAAACUAUUUGAGAUUCCUCUGGUACAGCGACAGCGACUUGAGCAAGGAGGUGGUAGACUACCGUAUGAGGGUACAUGUUUUUGGAAACAGCCCUUCUCCGUCAGUGGCUAUAUAUGGCCUAUGGUUGGCUGCACAGCAAGGUGAACAACAGUAUGGAACUGACACUUCACACUUUGUUAACAGGCACUUCUAUGUGGACGACGGCCUCAUGUCCUUUCCAACAGAAGCCGAAGCAAUCGACCUGCUCAAGCGCACACAGGAAUCGCUUUCCAAGUCAAAUAUUAAGCUCCACAAGAUAGUGUCAAAUAGUAUCAAAGUCAUGCAAGCCUUCCCACCGGAAGAUCUUGCUUCUGGUCUCCAAGAUCUAAAUUUUGGAAAUGAGAGUUGGCCUGCACAGAGAAGCCUAGGUUUGUAUUGGGAUAUGAAAACAGAUACUUUCACCUUCAGAGUUGCAGCAAACAACCAGCCCUACACUCAUCGAGGAGUACUCUCUGUUGUAAAUAGCCUCUUUGACCCUUUGGGCUUCGUGGCACCGGUGACUAUCUGGGGCAGAGCGCUAGUACGUGAGCUGGCUAAAGAGGUACAAGAUUGGGACGCUGUUCUUCCUGAGGGGAAGAGAAACAUGUGGGAGGAAUGGAAAACCUCACUUCAAAAUCUAAGUAACCUUCACAUCUCACGCACAUACUUACACCAUUCGCUUUCGAACACUUCAUACACGGAGUUGUGUGUCUUUUCAGAUGCCUCAAACUGGGCUAUAGGGGCAGUAGCAUACCUCAGAGCUCUGAACGAUGAAGGUGAGAUCAAAGUGGGAUUUGUGAUGGGCAAAGCAAAGCUGUCACCUCAUCCUGAGCCUUCAAUCCCUCGCCUGGAGCUUUGCGGCGCAGUGCUGGCUGUAGAGCUAGCUGAACACAUUCUUGAUGAGCUAGACCACAAGCCGAAUGCAGUGAAAUUCUAUUGUGACAGCAAAGUGGUCCUAGGAUAUAUUUACAAUCAGUCCAGACGCUUCUUUGUUUAUGUGCACAACCGGGUUCAGCGUAUACGGCAGUCGACCUUUCCAGAGCAGUGGAGGUAUGUGCCUACAGUUCAGAAUCCAGCUGACCUGGCAACGAGAUCAGUAGUUCCAUCAAAGCUGAAUGACACCAUAUGGUUCAAAGGACCCAAGUUCCUCUACCAUCCGCCCCAAGAGCAGCAGUGCGAGUCCUUCGAACUGGUUAAUCCGGAAACAGACGCAGAAGUCAGACCUUGUAUAACCAGCUUCAUCACUCGAGUUGGAGGAAGUCUAUUUUCAGAACGGUUUCAACACUUUUCUACCUGGGAAUCUCUGCAGAGAGCAAUUUCUUUUCUGAUUCAUCAGGCACGUUCUCACAAGACAAGUUCCCUCAGCACAUCACAUGCAUGUAAAGGAUGGCAUCAGUGCAGUAACAUACGCACACCUGAAGAGCAGACAGCAGCAAAGAGACUAAUACUUCUGCACACGCAGAAAGAACUAUAUCCAGAGGAAUAUACUGCACUGCAGAGAAAUGAACAAGUUUCACAUUCAAGUGCACUAUGGAAUCUUGACCCCUACAUUGAUGACGGUCUUUUGAGGGUUGGAGGACGCUUGAAACAUGCUCCAGUCGAGUCAGAGGUAAAGAAUCCAGUCAUCCUCCCAAAGCAAUGUCAUGUUGCUAAGCUGUUGGUGAGAUAUUACCACUCUAAAGUGUACCAUCAAGGGAGAAAGUUCACAGAAGGAGCAAUCCGACUGGCUGGCUUGUGGAUUGUUGGGGGGAAAAGACUGAUAAACUCUAUCCUUCAUUGUUGUGUUCUAUGCCGCAGACUCAGAGGAAAGCAGGAAGUUCAAAAGAUGGCAGAUCUUCCUCCUGAGCGCCUCAGUACAUCUCCUCCAUUCACAUACGUAGGGUUAGAUGUUUUUGGUCCAUGGACAGUGGUCACUCGACGCACCAGAGGCGGUGUAGUAGAAAAUAAAAGGUGAGCUAUACUCUUCACAUGUAUGAGUACACGAGCAGUACACAUAGAGGUCAUAGAGUCUAUGAACACUGCCAGUUGCAUCAAUGCGCUGCGAAGGUUUUUUGCUGUGAGGGGACCAGCAAAACAGCUUAGAUCAGACAGAGGAACCAACUUUAUUGGAGCAAGUCAAGAACUGGGCAUGCAACCAGCAAAAGAAAAACAGACAAAUCUUCUGAAAUACCUCCAUGAGAAUGGCUGUACUUGGGAAUUUAAUCCUCCACACGCUUCCCACAUGGGUGGAGCAUGGGAACGCAUGAUUGGUGUAACCCGCAGGAUUCUAGAUGGUAUGCUGUUGCAGAAGAAACACACUCACUUAACUCAUGAGGUACUUUGCACUCUGAUGGCAGAGGUGUCCGCAAUCAUAAAUGCUAGACCUUUGGUUCCUGUCUCAGUAGAUCCGUAUUCCCCAUGCAUACUCACUCCAGCAACACUCCUAACCCAGAAACCUGGAGUACCUGUUCCAUUAGAGAGCUACACUGAAAAAGACCUCUUGAAAUGUCAGUGGAAGCGAGUGCAGGCAUUGGCUAACGAAUUCUGGAGCCGAUGGAGAAAAGAAUACAUCAGUACACUCCAACCUCGACGCAAAUGGCAUGAGAUUCACCGAAAUUUGCAUCCUGGAGAUAUUGUGCUGCUAAAGCAAAUCCAGUUACCAAGGAACGACUGGCCAUUGGGGUUAAUCACAUCUGUCUUUCCAAGCAAUGACGGGAAGGUUCGCAAAGUGGAGGUUAGGACAACCUCAGGUGGUAACGUGAAAUUAUUCUUAAGGCCCAUUUCUGAUGUGAUCUUACUGCUAGCCAAGGAAGACUAAGUAGAUUAACCACGAACUGUUAUAAUGGCAUUAAUAAUGCCAGGCGGGGAGUGUUCUGCCUCCGUUAGAGGCUGUGUGCAUUUCUAAUGUGUAUUUAAAUUUAUUAAUAUUAUAUUUUUCAUGAACCUUUAAUGUUCUAUAUAAGUUUCAUUUUUGCCUGCCACUACUGUGUAAGUCUUAAUCUGAGGACUCUUAUUUUGUGAACCGUGAGCCAGGUAAUAGGAAAUCGGAAGCAAUGAACACAUGGCGCAGCAAGUGCAUGGCAUGUCACGUAUUAAUUGAUCCUUCUUCUGAAUCCUAUCAAAAGCAUUGUCUUUUUACUCGGUUCAAUGGCCGCUAAGUUUGUUUGUGUAAACCGCACAUGGGACUAAUAAAGGAGCAAGGUGCUUGUUUCCUGGCUCUUGAACAGA